AAUGUCAGUUUUUGAUGAUAUCUUGAAUGGAGUGGAACACAGGCUGUGUUUACGCCAUUUAUACAACAAUUACAAGAAAAAAUUUGGGGGAGGCUUGCUGAUUAGAGACCUUAUGAUGGGGGCUGCCAAGGCAACAUUCUAUAAGGAAUGGGAGAAAAAAAUGGGUGAGUUAAAAAAUGUGAAUGUUGAUGCCUUUAAUUGGUUGAUGGGUAUACCAACUCAAAGUUGGUGUAAGAAAGCUUUUAGUGCUUAUCCUAGGUGUGAUGUGCUGAUCAAUAACUUGUCAGAAUCAUUUAAUAGUACUAUUUUAAUGGCAAGGGACAAACCAAUAAUUUCAAUGAUAGAAUGGAUUAGGUCAUACAUAAUGAGUAGGUUUGCAAGUCUUAGAGAAAAAAUUGACUCAUAUCCUGGUGAUGUUAUGCCUAAACCGAGGAAAAGGCUGGAUAUGGAGGUUGAAAAGAGUGGCAAUUGGCUUCCGGUAUGGGCAGGGGGUUCACAGUUUGAAGUAACUCAUGGCUUUACCAUGGACAAAUUUGUUGUUGAUUUAAGUAAUCACACAUGUACUUGUUACUUGUGGGAUUUGGUAGGAAUACCAUGUAGACAUGCAGUUGCUGCCAUUCAUUACAAAUCAGAAAACCCAGAACAUUAUGUUCAUCCUUACUAUAAGAAAGAUGCCUAUAGAACUUGUUAUGCACCAAUUAUAAGUCCUAUCAAUGGACAACAACUUUGGCCUACAUCUGAAUCUCCACAACUACUACCUCCCAUUUACAAAAGACCUCCUGGGAGGCCAAAAAAAUUAAGAAGAAGAGAAGUUGAUGAAUAUGUGAGCCAUGGAAAAUUGUCAAAGACCAAUACUGCUAUAAGAUGUAGCACUUGCAAUGCAUAUGGACACAAUGUAAGGACAUGUAAAAAGAGCCAGAAAAGGAAGGACAAAAGGGGGGCUUCUACAUCAACACCUGGAUCUGCAUCAACAAGGGCUGGAUCUGCAUCUGCAUCAGAAGCUGGAAGGGGGGCAUCUGCAUCUGCAUCACAAGCUGGAAGGGCUGCAUCAAUUGCUGGAAGGGGGGCAUCUGCAUCUGCACCACAAGCUGGAAGGAGAUCAGCCACAGUUGCAGGGGCUGGGGCUGCAUCAGCAUCACAAGGUGGAGGAUCUGCAACUAUGCGUGAAGGGGCAAGAAGAACAUCCACAAGAUUGGCUGCACAAAUUGUAGGGUCUCAAGGAAGUUGUAAUUGAAAGAUGUAAUUUCAGACAAAUUGUAGUGGCUGUAGGCUGUCAAGGAAGUUGUAAUUAAAGUAGUGGCUGUAGUGGACCACUUUUUUGUCUUGUACUGUCUGUAACCCUUUAAACUAUGCUGGGACCACUAUUUGAACAUCUUCUUUAUUAAUCAAUA